AUGAGUACCAAGAGUGGAGUCCCCCGUUUUCUUUCAAAUUUCAUGAACGAUGCAGCGGAACUCAAUUUGUCAGUGAUAGUAGGCAACGUGUCGCCGAAAGUGACGAUAGAAGACCUUUACGGGAUAUUUGAGAAUUUUGGGGAGAUAGUUGAUAUCAAGCAAAUCAAGACGGUGGUUCACCCCCAAGUUUCUGCUUAUUUUCUAAUUAUAUAUGAGACAUCUGACUCUGCUAAUACGACUCAAUACAUCAACAAUUCUGAGAUCUGUGGAUUAGAUAUAGUAGUAUACCUCCUCUCAGACCCUUCUAAUAUCCAGAAAGUGUCAGAGACAUUUAUGGAGGAGGUAUCCAAUGUGUCUCAACCGAAUUGUCCAUCCGACCAGAAAGUGUCAGGGAAGCUUCGGAAGACGGUGUGUGUCCGCAACAUCGGCAACUUAGAUGAACAAAAGCUGAUCCAAUUUUUUGAGAAAUGUGGGAACAUCCGACUUCUAGAGAGCAGUGCACCGGAGGUGGUCGCGAGACAAGUCUUCAUCGAGUUCGAGACGGAAGAAAGUGCGUUGCGGGCGUUACAACUGGACGGCGCCAAUCUUGCGGGGCGAGUCGUCCGCGUCUCCGUUUCGAAUAAAACGAUUCGACCGGUUGAAAAGGAAACGACGGUGAGUCGGAAUGAGUCGAGAAUGGCAAAUGACAUUCUCGGGAUGUUGGAGAAAAAGGUGAUGGAAGAGGAGAAGCCCAAGAAGCCCGAAGUAACUCCAAUGGAAGAAGAGAGUAAAAGUUAUAGUAAAAGUACUAAAGAAAAGAACCAGAGAAGGUCGAGUGAAAGAAGGUCAAGUCGAAGCCGAAGUCAUAGUAGAACAAGAAGUAGAAGUGAUGGGAGAAGUAGAGAAAGAAGAAGGGAGUCAUAUGAGACUUAUCGGAAUAGGGGAACACACGAUAGAUAUGAGAGAAGAGAGUCGGAGCGAGAAAGAAGGUCGAGAAGUCGAGAGAGACGAAGAAAGCGAUUUUAA